AUGAACACUCACGAUAACGCUGUUACUGCGCGGGCCAUAUUUAUAGUGUUCUCGGGUAACCCCGCCCCCUGCGUAACUGCGUGGGCGUGGUCGGGCGCAGCGAGGGCAGAUAAAAGCGGUGCCCAGUCAAGUGCUCUCAUCACUGACUACCCAGCGAAUCUCGUCAUGCCACCGAAGCCAUCAGCGAAGGGAGCGAAGAAGGCCGCGAAGACGCAGAAGGCGAGCCGCAGCGGAGACAAGAAGAAGAGGAGCCGGCGCAAGGAGAGCUACUCGGUGUACAUCUACCGCGUGCUCAAGCAGGUGCACCCCGACACCGGAGUGUCGUCGAAGGCGAUGUCGAUCAUGAACUCGUUCGUCAACGACGUCUUCGAGCGCAUCGCCGUCGAGGCGUCGAAGCUUGCCCACUACAACAAGCGCUCGACAAUCUCGUCCCGUGAAAUCCAGACCGCCGUCCGUCUGAUCCUCCCCGGGGAACUCGCCAAGCACGCCGUGUCCGAGGGAACCAAGGCCGUCACCAAGUACACCUCCAGCAAGUAA